AUGUCGUCAUCUUCGUCUGAUGAAAAUGAUGAAAUCGAGGAGAGAUUGGAUGAUAUUAUCGAAGAUUUCAUUGACGAAAUUUACGACGAUAUAGUGGAGGCCGAACCCAUACCGCAAAGGACCCGUAGUUAUACUGAACGACACCGCGAAGGAGGACAGCACCAGCUAAGCAAUGACUACUUCAACGACGACCAUUCGAUAUAUUCGAUACAAACUUUCAGACGCCGAUUCCGCAUGAAUAAGGGAUUAUUCAUACGUAUUGUCGAUGGCCUUGAACAAUUCUUUCCAUUCUUUCAGCAAAGAAAAGAUGCAACGGGUAGGUGGGGUCUUACUGCACUACAAAAAUGUACGGCAGCAAUUCGUCUACUUGCUUAUGGAAAUUCGGCUGACACGGUUGACGAAUAUCUCCGACUUGGUGAGAGCACUGCACUUUCUUGUUUACAUCAUUUCACUGAUGGGAUAAUACAGUUAUUCGGAGAUGAGUAUCUGCGACGACCCACAGCAGAGGAUCUUCAACGACUACUCGAUAUGGGAGAGAAACGAGGGUUUCCUGGGAUGGUCGGGAGCAUUGACUGUAUGCACUGGGAGUGGAAAAAUUGUCCAACCGCUUGGAAAGGACAGUACGCCCGUGGCCACGGAAAACCGACUAUUGUCCUAGAGGCCGUAGCUUCACAAGAUCUUUGGAUUUGGCACGCAUUUUUUGGUCUUCCAGGUACCUUAAAUGAUCUUAAUGUCCUCGAUCGAUCUCCUCUGUUUGAUGACCUUUUAGAAGGUCGAGCUCCCAGGGUGAGGUACAUGGUCAACAACCACAUGUAUAAGUUGGCAUAUUACCUCACAGAUGGUAUAUAUCCAAAAUGGUCAACAUUUAUCCAAACUAUCACACUCCCUCAAAGUCCUAAACAACAGUUAUUUGCUCAAGUUCAAGAAUCAAUCCGAAAAGAUGUCGAGCGUGCUUUUGGAGUAUUGCAAGCUCGGUUUGCGAUUGUGAAAAACCCGUUGAAGAUGAACGAGAUGGAUAUUCAAUGCGGUACGAAAUUUCAGAAUUUGAAGAAGGAGAAUCUUCCAGAACUUCGAAGGUCCUAA